AUGGAUUUCGAGAUAGUAAGAUCUUCUGUGCUGAAAUUGGUUCAAGAAUCAAAAAGUAAAGGAAACUUUUCCCUGAACCGUUUGGCUGAACAUGUAUAUUCUAUGUUACAAUCCGAGUUAUUGGUCAGAUGUUAUGAUAUUGUAAACAUUGUUAAUCGUCCUUCUAUUUUGGACGAGUUGGACAAUUAUAUACCUUAUGCAAACAUAAAUGAAGUUCAAACAGGUUUGCCUCCAUUCUCAAUGGAUCAACUUAAAAAACGAAUCACUGGCUUACAUUUACCGUACGGUACAGGUAUAUUCACUAUCCAGUUGCCUGAUUAUCAACCUCGAUUUGGAUAUCGAAGGUCAGGCAUUGUUCUUCGACAAGCAGUCAUUAAAGGGGAAGUAGAAAAUUUAUUUGUUUCAGGAGUAGAACAUGGUAGUCCAGCAAGCAAUGCAAUGGAUUUGCAUAUGGGGGAUCGUAUAUAUUCAAUAUCAGGUUACCCAUUAGACUGGCAUACAUUAGAACAACUAAGAUACAAGCUAAUUGAACUGGAUGGAUUGGCACCAAAUUCAAAUAUUUACGAUUUAGCAAACUAUCUACUUAAUAGGCCUUAUCAGAACACUGGGAUUUCCCGCGAUCAUAAUUAUAAUAGAAAUAGUAGUGUUUAUAAAGUUCCUAGCGAGCAAACUAGUUUAACAAAUUUUAAACCACCAGUUCUUGUCAUCUUUCGUUAUCCAAAGUCAAAUUCAUUGUGGUCCAAUCAAAUAGCUAAUAACGAGACAAAUGAAUUACCAACGACAGAGAAUAACAGUUCAUUCAGUUGUUAUGAAACAGUUCUUGAAAAUGAAGGUAAUGACAAUGGACUUGGUCUACAGAUAGGAUCCAAUCAAGAUAAUACAGGAAUUCACAUUGUAUCUAUAUUCAAAAAUAGUCAAGCUGAAAGAGAUGGUGUUUUAAGAGAAGGUGAUCGUGUAAUUGAGGUGAAUUAUCAGAAUCUUGAGGGAUUAGAAAGUAAACAAGCUUUGAAAAAAGUUAAAAGUAUAUGUCGUAACACUAAAUAUGUACAAAUUAAAUGUUCAAGAAAUAAUCAAACUAAUAAUAAUCAUUUGAUAUCACCUUGUGAUGAUAAAAAAGAACAGCUUGAAGACAAUAAUCUACAUGAUCCUAUAUUGAAUAAUGAAGAUGUUAAUAAUAUUAGUAUUGAUGUGAAAAGUGUUUUAACUCGGACACCAUCACCGACAAUGAAUAAUUCAGAUACAUCUAUAUAUGAUUCUCAAGAUGAUUCUGUCUUUUUUUAUAAUUGUAAAUUCAAUCAACCUGAUGAAGAAUGUAUGAAUGAGACGGAUAGUAAUGAUAAAAGUUUGUUGAAAAAGUGGUUAGAUGUAUUCAAUCCUGAUGUUGAAUUAUUGUUAGUAUAUUAUGACAUCAAAAAUUCAAAUUGUGGUUUGGGUAUUGGCGUCGGGGAUACUGUAGAAGAUGACGAAAUAUUUGGUGAAAAUCAACAUCGUCAUUAUAUAAUGGAAAUUAAUCCUGAAGGACCUAUUGGCAAAGAUGGAACCUUAUCUAUUGGAGAUGAGUUACUUGAAAUUAAUAAUGUUGUUAUCGUUAACAAAGAUCAUUUAGAGAUCUCCAGUACGUUUCCUACUAUUCCUUCUGAAGGAUAUUUAAUAUGUGCUCGUUAUCCAAAUAAAUCUCGAAUCGAUAUCAAAGUAGAGAGUGGAAAUGAUGAAUUAGCCAGUGUUGUUUUCUUCACUCAAACUCUAAGUGAUGGUGAGAUUCCUAAUAACGAUUUCAAUGAGCAGAUUUCGGAUAAUAAUCUUUUCGAUGAAACCAAUUUAGGAAUUAAAAAUAACAUAGCCUUAGCACCACCGAACAAUGAAGAAGGAAUUGAUCAACAUUCUGGAUCUGAUAUUGAUGAAAGUCGAUAUCCAAUAAAACUAUUGACGAUUUCUAAUUCUGGUCUGCAGAAUAAAAGUUCCAGUCUUGAAUUCCAAAGUGAAGAUAUUCAAACUGAUAAAAUGAUAAACGAAGAUAUUAACCAGAAAUUGAUAAGAAUAACCUAA